CAGAGGGACGCCAUACACAUGUCUAGGCACACAAGUAUUGGAGCGUGUCAAGUUCCGUGGUCAUCGACGAUGCCAAUGCCUUUGAACUUGCAACCUCCAAAAAAUCUCCAUGACACGAAUCAAAACAAGAAAAUCAAUAAACUAUCUUUUGCUAUCGAACCUUGUGCCAAGUCAGCGAUCGUACCUGUAGCCGGGUGUGUAUCUGCCACAUCACAAUAGUCCUGUAACCUAGGCACUCGUACCCGUUUCCCCAAGUGCCCGAGGUGUGUCCACAUCAGGAAAGCCACGAUGCCCAAACCUCGAUCUCGAUCCGCAACCCUAUCUAUCUCCCUGUAGAGUGUAUCUGGAAUCACGAUGAUUCCACAUUAAAAACAAGGGUGUAGUACGAGACAUGGCUCCAUC